AUGUCCGCGGGGAGCGGCGGCGGGCGCCGCAGCAAAUGGGACCAACCGGCCCCGCCGCUGUUCCUGCCGGCCCCCGGGGAGCCCCCGGCCCCGCCCCCGUCGGGGGCCCUGGACGCGGCGGCCGCCGUGGCCGCCAAGAUCAACGCCAUGCUGGUGGCCAAGGGGAAGUUGAAACCGCCAAACGCCGCCGCCGCCGCCUCCGGGGGGGCCGCCGGGAUUACCGCCGCCGCCGCCGCCGCCUCCGAGAAGCCCCCCGCCCCGGCGGGGAAGGGCCCCAACCCCAACGGGAAGGGCAAGGACGACCUGGUGGUGGCCGAGGUGGAGAUCAACGACGUCCCGCUGGCCUGCAGGAACCUGCUCACCCGGGGACAGACGCAGGACGAGAUAAGCCGGCUGAGCGGGGCGGCCGUGUCCACGCGAGGGAGGUUUAUGACCGGCGAGGAGAAGACUAAAGUCGGGCCGGGGGAUCGGCCGCUGUACCUGCACGUCCAGGGCCAGACGCGAGAGCUGGUGGACCGCGCCGUGAACCGCAUCAAAGAGAUCAUCACCAACGGGGUGGUCAAGGCGGCCACCGGGACCAGCCCCACCUUCAACGGCGCCACCGUGACCGUCUACCACCAGCCCGCCCCGCUGCCCGCCCUGGCCCCCGCCGCCGUGGGCCCCAAGCCGCCCUUCCAGUCGGGGAUGCACUACGUGCAGGACAAGCUGUUCGUGGGGCUGGAGCACGCGGUGCCCGCCUUCGGCGUCAAGGAGAAGGUGGAGGGGCCCGGCUGCUCCUACCUGCAGCACAUCCAGGCCGAGACGGGCGCCAAGGUCUUCCUGCGCGGCAAGGGCUCGGGCUGCAUCGAGCCGGCCUCCGGCCGCGAGGCCUUCGAGCCCAUGUACAUCUACGUCAGUCACCCCAAGCCCGAAGGCCUGGCCGCCGCCAAGAAGCUGUGCGACAACCUGCUGCAGACGGUUCACGCCGAGUACUCGAGAUUCGUGAAUCAGAUCAACCCGGCGGUGCCGCUGCCCGGCUACCCCCAGCCCGCCGCCGUGGCCGGCGUCCCCCCGCAGCCUCCGUACUACCCGGCCGGCGGCUACCAGCCCGGCUGCCCCGCCGGCCCGCCGCCCCAGCAGCCGCUCCCGCUGCCCUACGGCGUGCCGGGCAUCGUGCCCCCCGCCGUCCCGCUGGCGCCCGGAGUCCUGCCCGCGCUGCCCGCCGCCGGGCCCCCCGUGCCCACCCAGUACCCCAUCCCUCAGGUGCAGCCGCCGGCCAUCACUGGACAGCCUCCCCUGAGCGGCCCCUUCCUCCCUCCGGCCCCGGUGAAGGCGGCCGCCGUCCCCCAGCCGCCCCCGUCGCCCCAACAGCAGCAGCAGCAGCCGCCGCCGCCACCCCCCCCGCCGCCGCCGCCGCCCCCGCCGCCGCCCGGCCCGGCCCAGCCCCUGGCGCAGAAGAGGCGCUUCACCGAGGAGCUGCCGGACGAGCGCGAGUCGGGGCUGCUCGGAUACCAGCAUGGACCCAUUCAUAUGACUAAUUUAGGUACAGGCUCUUCCUGCGGCCAGAGCGAGGGCGAGGCCCCAGCAGCCAGGACGCCCGGUUCCUCGGGCAAAGAGCGAGAGAGGGACAGGCAGUUGAUGCCUCCUCCGGCCUUCCCGGUGACGGGCCUCAAACCCGAGCUCGAGGAUCGGCCUGGGUCCGGAGUCGGCGCGGGCGGCCACGAUUACCCGGCGAAGAAGAUGAAGGCGGCGGACAAGGGGUUCGGGCUGGUGGCCUACGCGGGGGACUCGUCGGACGAAGAGGAGGAGCACGGGGGCCACAAAGGGGCCGCUAGCUUCCCGCCGGGCUGGAGCCUGGGCUACCAGUUCCCCUCGGCCCAGCCCCAGGCCAAGCAGCAGAUGCCCUUCUGGAUGGCGCCGUAGCCGGGGGACGACCCGGAGGCCGCGGCGGCGGCGGCGGUGAUGCAUGUCCGCGCAGAGCGGGCCGGGGCGGGGGUGGGACCGGGCCGGGGGCGGACGGAGGAAGAAGACGGGCGGCCCCCCGACCCGGCGGGACCCCCCACCAUCUCCAGCCGCCCCACCUCUGGGCCCGGGCGGGCCGGCCGUCGCCCUCUCCCCGUCGGGGCAUCCCUCGGGGCACCGGGGGAGGCCCAGCCGCCACCUCGGCCCCGUCCGUCCAUCCGUCGCCCUUCCUUGGGGCCGGGCGGGGGGCUGGGGGCGGCCCCCUCCCUCCCCGGACCCCCCCUCCCCGGCUGCUGCUGCUGCUGCUGUUGUUGUUGUUGUUCCUCACCGCGCCCCGCCAUUGGGUUACAAAUAAACGGACAAACGUU